AGAAGAAGCAGCCGUCUGCUCCUGUUGUUAGGUAGGUUGUCAGGGAUAACGCAUCACCAAGUUAGCAUACACGGGAUUUAGGGCAUUCAAUGAUGACAUAUUUAUAUCUUAAAGAUAACGACAGUGGAAAUACCUGCUCUUUCGCACGGAGCUGCUCCGAUAGUAGAAGCAGCAAACAUCACAGUGUAUUUUUUUAUCCAAACAGACAGAGGUUUGUUUUCGUGUUCUCCCCAUAGCUAGCUAACUGUUGGCUAAGCUUGCUAACAUCACACAGCCAGCUGACGCCUUCAGGAGGACUUCAAGUGAAAAACAGUAGAGAUUUAAACCUCCAUCAAACAUUUGAAAAUGGAAAACGAAGAGGAAAGUACCCUGGAGCAGGAAGAACUUGAAGACAGCGAUAAACCAUUAUCACAACGUUACCCUCGUCCCUUUCGUCCUGGUCGAAUGCAAAUCCAGAGAAGUAAUGUUUGUUCUCGGGCGUACUUCGUGGUGGUCAUGGUUUUCUUCCAUGUAUACAUUCUGAAUGUUAUCGGCCUUUUACUGUAUGUGCACUACAAUAACGGCCCCGGAGAGCUUGCCAGUGGAGUAGGGGACACCUCAGCACCUGUCAGCCAGAGUGGGACUCCUUUGCCCAAUCCUGACCCUGUCUCCAGAGAGCUACACGAGGAAGACCACAGUCAUGGGUUCAGUCUACCUCGCAUUGAAGGGAUACGGGUGGGUCAUGUUCAGCAGGUGUCCAUCUUGCCGGACAGAAUGCAUGAGAUGAAGACAAUCAGCCUAAAACCUCUAUUAUUUGAGAUCCCAGGCUUCCUGUCAGAGGAGGAGUGCCGUGUGGUGGUGCAGCUGGCUCAGCUCAAGGGUCUGAUGGAGAGCCAGUCAACAACACCCAACCAGGGACAAGAGGAGUCAAACCAGCCAUUGCUUUCUCUCAGCACAGAGGAGGUCUUCAGCCUGUUGGACCUAAACCAGGACGGGCUGCUGCAGAAGCAGGAGAUUUUGAGUCACUCGCGCUCACGAGAUGGAACUUGGUUGAACCCGGACAUGUUAAGGCAGAUACUCACUGGUCUGGAAGCCUGCCCAACAGGGGUGCUGACCUUGGAAGAAUUCAGGCGUGUUUAUGAGACGUCAAAACACCCAGGACAACAGCAAAGAAGGAAGCUAUGGAGUCAAUUCAAACAAAGAAACAAAUAUACGUGGCUUUACCAAGGCCAAGGGUCCCACCAUGUGUUGCGCACACUCAGAAACAGAGUAACCAGUCUGACACGUCUGCCCUCUGCAUUGGUUGAGCUGAGUGAGCCACUACAGGUGUUUCACUAUGAGCACGGAGACUUCAGUAAUGCCCACCAUGAUAGCAGCCCUACUCACUCAGAGACAACCUGUGCACACACACGAAUGGCUGGAAACAUAUCUGCUCUCACAGAGGUCUCUUGCAGGUACCUUACCAUGUUAUUCUACCUCAGCUCUGUUGAGGAGGGUGGUGAGACCACCUUCCCUGUGGCAGAUAACCGUACAUAUGAAGAGCAAGCUCUGGUCCAGGACGGUGUCGAUUUGACCGACACCCAGGAGACCUGCGGCAGAGGGAACCUGAGAAUAAAACCUUCCGCUGGGACAGCCCUCCUCUGGUACAACCAUCUCUCUGAUGGCAGAGGUUGGAUGGGUGAGCUAGAUGAGUAUUCCCUUCAUGGGGACUGCCCUUUGAAACGUGGGGUGAAGUGGGUGGCCAGCAGCUGGGUAAAUGUGGACCCAGACAGCCAGCAGCAGGCCCGUUACCAGAGACUAGUUGCAGAAAGAUAUCAAGCUAAACCAGGCAUGGAGGAGCAUUACCAAUAUCUCCCACACAGCAACCUCCACCAGGAUCUAUAGCCUGGCUUUUUUUUUAAUGACAAGUCCAGGUGACCAUCGUUUGAAGACCUUGUCAGUCUUUGAUUUAUGAAGUCAUUUAGGUCUGACAUACUUUUUCCCCAUGUCAGAUGCUGUAGUUGAUUUCAGAUUUGCACAAUAAUACCUCCAGAUACCUUCUUCUUUCAGGAAAUCUGUCCUGCAUUAUGUCAUGUAUUCCAUACCAAUGCUUUAAACCUAAAUCAUAAGUCCGUCUCUUAAGGAAUGUUUGAGUAAUAGUAUUAAUUGCUUUGAGCAGUUGCUUUUGUUGUCCCUCAAUUAAUUUGAGACAUAAAUAUCAAAUGCAUGUCAUACAGCUGAACAUAAUGGAUUAGGAUCUCCAUGUAAUUGGGUUCUAAAGACAUACCUCUUAUUUAUUAUAACUACUACAUUAACGGCAUAUACAGGUAUCAUUGCAAGUUUAAAAGGUGCAGUCACAUAUCAGAGAUAAGCCUGCUUACCUUCCUCCUUCUAUUUUGGUUUAUUAAGCAUCUACCCAUUGUGCAGUACUGUCUCACUGUUUUGUACUUGGUAUAGAUCAAAAUGUUUUGUUACAAGCCAUAUCCAUUAAUGAAUGUAAAUGUUUCUGUCUUUUUUUCUUUCCAGAGUUUAAUGUGAAUUAUUAUUUAUCAACGGGUUGCCCUUCUGCUGCCACUGCAGUUCUGUUCUUGACUGGAUAAAAUUAUUGCUUGUCUCAGUGGCAGUGGGAGGUUGGUCUUUCAGAUUUAUUUAAUUAUUUAAAAGUAUUUAUUUGACUUUUCACAACUAUUUAUUGAGAUGCAUAUUUAUUACAGCUUGAUGUUGCACUGAAUCGUUGGCUGUAUUUUCUCUAAGUUAUUAAAUAUAUAAAGAUAUGUUUUA